ACUGGGUAAAGAAGGUGUACUAAAAUAUUUCAAGUAAAUUCCAAGGACCUUUCCGUAAAUUCGAAAAACUCCUCCCUGAAACCAAACUCUAGAAACUCGGUGCUUUCUUCCUCCUGCUAAUCUCUGCGCAUUCCGAAUUUGAUCCGCUUGAAGCCAUGAUUCAUUUUGUGCUUCUCAUUAGUCGACAAGGAAAAGUGAGGUUGACAAAAUGGUAUUCACCUUAUACUCAAAAGGAAAGAACUAAGGUAAUUCGAGAGCUCAGUGGCGUAAUUCUGACCCGAGGUCCCAAGCUUUGCAACUUCGUGGAGUGGAGGGGAUAUAAAGUUGUCUACAAAAGAUAUGCGAGCCUGUAUUUCUGCAUGUGCAUUGACCAGGAUGACAAUGAAUUGGAGGUCCUUGAAAUAAUCCACCAUUAUGUUGAGAUACUGGACCGCUAUUUUGGCAGUGUCUGUGAGCUGGAUUUGAUUUUUAAUUUCCACAAGGCUUAUUAUAUAUUGGAUGAGCUUUUGAUUGCUGGUGAACUUCAAGAGUCAAGCAAGAAGACAGUUGCACGGCUGAUAGCUGCACAGGAUUCGUUGGUGGAGACUGCUAAAGAGGAGGCCAGUUCAAUAAGCAAUAUAAUUGCUCAAGCCACCAAAUAAGAUCUGUAUUUAAAUGAGUUGGUCUGUAUACUCCCCUGGUUGGCAGUGUUCAAUAUGAUACAAUCUCUCAUUUUGUUUCUUAAAUUCCGUAUUCGCUCAAGCCAUCAUAUUUUUUGUUGUAAAAAAUAAAAAAUUGUUUUCUAUUUUUAAAAACAAAAUACUAUUUUUGUUUCUGGUUCUCAAAUACAUUUUUCUACCUAGUAGUAGAAAAUUGUUCCUAUAAA